UACAAGGCCAGGGGAGGAGCCUGCUGUUGCCCCAGCAACAACCAGGGAACCCAAGGCGACAGCGACCUCAGAAGUAUUGCGGCUUCCAUCUCUCGCAGACAGGAAGGUCCUGGGAGAGGCGCGAGGCAAGCCUGGUCGGCGCCCGCGGAGAAAAAGACAAGUCAAACCCACGAACUACAAACCUCGUUACCGCGUUCGCGUCUCCUAACCGUUAAGGGCGCCAAGGCUUUCCUGGGUUGGCAAUUAGGAUCUGUGGCCAAGACCUCAGCCCCAGGGGUUUGACGAAGGUAGCUUGGAAUCCUAGUACUACCCUUUACCUGGGCCAUGGCUGAGGUGCAUGUGAUCGGGCAGAUCAUGGGGGCCAGCGGUUUCUCGGAAAGUAGCCUCUUCUGCAAGUGGGGCAUCCACACAGGGGCGGCGUGGAAGCUCCUGUCAGGUGUGCGGGAGGGCCAGACACAGGUAGAUACCCCCCAGAUAGGGGAAAUGGCCUACUGGUCCCACCCCAUCGACCUGCACUUCGCCACCAAAGGUCUUCAAGGCUGGCCCCGGCUCCAUUUCCAGGUGUGGUCCCAGGACAGCUUUGGCCGCUGCCAGCUUGCAGGCUAUGGAUUUUGCCAUGUGCCCAGCAGCCCAGGCACCCACCAGCUGGCCUGCCCCACAUGGCGGCCCCUAGGCAGUUGGCGGGAGCAGCUGACACGGGCCUUUGUGGGUGGGGGGCCGCAGCUGCUGCAUGGGGACACCAUCUACAGUGGUGCCGACCGCUAUCGCCUGCACACAGCUGCUGGUGGCACCGUGCACCUGGAGAUCAGCCUGCUGCUGCGCCACUUUGACCGCUACGGCGUUGAGUGCUGAGGAACCCUGCCUCCAACGCCACCACCACCUGCACCCCUGCCCCGUGAGGGGCAGGAUGGCACAGGGGUCAAGAGCACGGACUCUGGAGACCGUCAGAGCUGACCCCAGCUAAGGCAUGGCACUGCUUCUGUCCUUGCGAGGACUUCUGGCUCACUCUAGGCCCAGUUUCUGUAUCUGUAAAUUGGGGACAGUAAAUGUGUAGGGUCGCAGGGUGUUGGGUCAAGAGGCUGCUUGGUACAAGGGAGGUGCUCAGUAAAGGAGAACAAUUCCUACAGG